AUGGGGAGCGAAUGGACUGCCAUUCCGGAUGAGGCGUGGCGUGGCAGCGAUCCGGUUCGACGUGGGAGGAUCCAGAGAGCAUGGAAGUGGAAGUGGCACGAGCCAGACAAACGCUGGAGGAUGGCAUCGUGGUGCUGCCGCCCGGUGCGUGGUGAUCCAGGCAGUGCGGACUCCCUCGAGUCGGCACUGUAUCUCCAGCUCGCCAAAGGUCGCGGGUACACGGCCAGGAUUCUGACGGACAUGGCUUAG